UCGUCUCAACCCAUCUCCGCAAAAACAAGCCAAAACACAGAGAGAGAAAGAGAGAGAAGAAGGAAACUCCAUCUCUCUGUUUGUCUCUCUUUCCUUCCUCUCUGUGUCAAAUCUCUCUUUAUAGGUGAAGGUAUUUUCGAAGAGAGGAAGAGUCACAUUUUUCAUAUUGAACUGAAGACAUGGGCGGAAAGAAAUUCGCUGUUCUUCUAUGCGCAGAGGAUUCAGAGUAUGUCAAGAAGAAGUACGGAGGGUAUUUUGGGGUUUUUGUGAGAAUGCUGGGCGAAGAAGGAGAGACAUGGGUUGUUUACAAGGUUGCUAGUGGAGAGUUUCCUGAUGAUGAUGAGAUUAAAACCUUUGAUGGAUUUGUAAUAACAGGAAGCUGUAAUGAUGCUCAUGGAACUGAUCUUUGGAUCCGAAAGCUCUUGAUUCUGUUGAACAAAUUGAAUUCCAUGAAGAAGAAAGUUCUGGGAAUUUGUUUUGGACACCAGAUACUGGCGCGUUCACUGGGAGGAAAAACUGGCCGAGCUGUCUCAGGCUGGGAUAUGGGGAUCACAGCCAUUCAUUUCGCGUCAUCAACGAAACUCUUCUCAUCAGUGAAAGUGCCUGCCUCACUAUCUGUGAUCGAGUGCCAUAGAGACGAGGUCCGGGAACUCCCACCAGAAGCAGAGGUGAUUGCAUGGUCUGAUAAGACUGGGAUUGAGAUGUUUAGGUAUGAAGAUCACAUCAUGGGAAUUCAAGGUCAUCCUGAGUACAAUAGAGACAUACUCACUCACUUACUUGAUCGUCUUCUCCAACGAAAUCUUAUUGUGGAAUCAUUUGCUGACGAGGUGAAGGCAAACUUGGAUGGACAAGAGCCAGAUAGGGAGGCAUGGAAGAAGCUGUGCACCAACUUCCUCAAGGGCAGAUUAUAAUCAAAACUAAAAUUUCCACACAAAAAAAGAGAAAAAAAAGUUGGAGGAGUGAAUUGUAAAUAAAAUGGGAAGAAAGAAGAUGAAGAGAAGAAAGACGUGGAGUAGUGUGCUUAGUUUUAGUGAGGUGGGUAGGCCAAGGCACAUGUUUGUUGGGAUGAUGAAAUUUUGGCAUGUGGAUUUUUUUUUAAUGAGAAAAUGAUGAUUUGGCAGAGCA